AUGACAACCAAGGGCAAGAUAUUAAUGCUACACGGAUUUGUUCAAUCCGAUAAGAUAUUCUCAGCAAAGACAGGUGGAUUGAGGAAAGCGCUGAAGAAACUCGGUUAUGAAAUGUUUAUUCCAUGUGGUACCCAUUUAAUUAAUAAAAGUGACUUAUUAAGUCGAAGUUCCGAACGUGAAUUGAAUUACGACGAUAAAAAACAACAAGAUGAUGAUGAACAAUCAAUCAACAUUGCUAAAGAGUUCAAUACUGUUAAUGAUGAUGAUGAAAAACUGUACGGAUGGUGGAUUAAGAAAAACUCUGGGCCUAAAGCGUUAUUGGAUUAUACGAUUGAGCAAUAUACGCUUGAUUUCUUACAUGAUUAUGUUGUCGAGAACGGUCCAUUUGAUGGUAUUCUUGGGUUCAGUCAAGGUGCUGGAUUAGCCGGAUAUCUAGCGACAGAUUUCAAUGGUAUUUUGAAAUUGUCCAAAGAAGAACAACCACCUUUAAAGUUUCUUAUCUCAUUCAGUGGGUUCAGAUUGGAUCCUGAGAUGUAUCAAGAAUCUUAUGAUAAAAAUUCUAUCAUGAUGCCAUCAUUACAUGUUCAAGGAGAAUUAGAUUCUGUCGUGUCAGAAGAAAGAGUAAUGAGAUUAUAUAACUCAUGCCCUGAAGAUAGCAGGGCUCUGUUAAAGCAUCCAGGUGGUCAUUUCAUUCCAAAUUCCAAACCAUUUUUAAAUCAAGUUUCAAAUUGGAUAGUAAGUGUAUCAAAUCUUCAAAAUACUUUGAACGGGAAAUCCAAUGAAGAAGAGAAACAGAAAACUGAAUCGGAAAUGCCCGAUCUCGAUGAUGAUCUAAUGGACAUGAUUGAUUCCAUUGGUAAUUUAUAG